AUGAAGGUGUUCAAGCUGUCGGUAUGGUUUAAGUUAUUGGCCUGGUUUCUGCUUGCCGCCUUUGGCAUCAAGCUGCUGUCGCUGAUGAAUCGAACCGAAAGGAUAAGAAGCAGCCCAGUCAGGCACGCAGCGAAAUUGAUUGGCGCAGGUGCUGUGUAUGGAGCACCACCUGCGCCGCCGCCGCCGCCGCCGCCGCCGCCGGAGCACAGACCGAAGGCAACGAGGACAACGAAGCCCAUAAACGAGCCACUGGAAUUGGAGCAGCUGCUGCGCGCGAAUUCCGCUCGCAAUUGGUCGCUCAAUGACAACUGUGCGCCAUAUCCGCGCUUCGAGGAUCUGCACAUUGAGAAUCUGUACUAUCAGUACACCAGGGGCGGAAAUGUCAGCUAUUAUUUAAUGAGCGCCUACUACGAUCGCCGGCUGGCCAUGGAUACGACGCCGAGCGUCGUGCUGCUGGGCAUGAUUAGCAGCCUUUCGGGACCCUUUGAGCGUGCAUUUUGCCAGCUGUGGUAUGAGCAAAGCGCCUGGCCGGAGCUGGUGGAUAUGGAGCCUCACGUGUUUGGUUGGUUCGAUAGCUGGGGCUUUGGACCGGAUCAUGUGUAUCCAGUGCUGUUGACCUGCCCGCUGGUGGGCACCGCCCGAGAACAUCGUGUGCCCCAGCUGGUGUCCUUGGUCUUUGGGGAUCGUUGCGCGCGGCCGUGCAACGCGCUCCGUGUGCACUAUGAGGCGCCACAGCGUCGACGUGCCACACGUUUCGGUGUCUGCGUCAAGGAUUUGCAAUUUCCCACCGUGGACAUGUCUGAGCGUUUCGUGGAAUGGCUGGAGCUGAUGCGUCUGCUGGGCGCCGAACGCGUGAUCGCCUACGAUUUGGGCGGCCAAACACUGUUGCCAAACACAAUGCGCACACUGAAGCACUAUGCGGAGCAGGAUGGUCUGCUCCAGCUGCUUCCGUUCCGGCUGCUCGAGGGCCAUCCAAAGCCGGCGGCCAAUUACUGGCUGAGCAAGCGGCUAAACGAGGUGCUCAUGUACAACGAUUGCCUCUAUCGGAAUAUGUACGAGUUUGACUAUUUGGCUGUCAUGGACGUGGAUGAGGUAAUCAUGCCGCUGGGCAAGCUGCACAACUGGACGGCGCUGGUGGAGCUGUUAGAUACAAACAACAGCAGGAACAGCAACAGCAAAAGCGAGAGCGCUGAAAACUGUUUUGCCAAAUGCAGUCUGUGCUUUCGCAAUGUCUACUUCUCCAGGGAGCUGCCGGAGGAUGGGACGCCUCCAGCUAGCUUCUAUAUGCUGCGCCAUGUGCAACGCGUGGCAGAGCAUUUGGAUGCGAAUUCCGCCAUCAAGUGUCUGCAUGCCACUGCCUAUGUGACCAUGGUGCACAAUCAUUUUCCGCUAGGCUGGCGGGGGGCGUGCGGCCCCCACGAUGUGUCCGCCGCCAUUGGCCAGAUGCAGCACUAUCGGGAGCCAGAUAUAAAGCAGACGCUCAAAGAGCCGCCGCCGGUGCGCGACGAUAACAUUUGGCGUUUCAAGGAACAGCUGAUAAGCAAAGCCCUUGUCGUGCAUCGACAGCUGGGCUGGUCGCUGCCGUAGCACCUGCCUUCCCAUUGCCGACAACAAAUAAAACUUAACGAACUUUGUUUAAAUUUCCUUGACAUACCCUGCACA